AGCUGAAGAAGCAGGAGCAGCCUGCUUCUAAGACAUCAAGACCUCCCCAGUGUCCUCAGAGGUCCAUGGCAUGGAGCACAUCAGUUGAGGGCCCCAGCAGCCAAGACAAGGAGGAUACAAGCUCCCUGCAGACCUCAGCAGACCCUGAGUCUCAGUGUAGGGACCGCGUAGAUAAGAAUGUGACCGAUUUGGUGCGUAUCAUGAUCCUCAGGUAUCAUUUGAGGAAGCCUAUUACAAAGGCACAGAUGCUACAAGUUGUUAGCAAAAGGGGCAAGCGUCAAUUCCCUGUGAUUUUUAAGAAAGCUUGUAAGUGCUUGGAGGUGAUCUGUGGUAUUGAUGUGAAGGAAGUGGUCCCUGCCCCCCACUCCUAUGUUCUUGUCAACUCACUGGAUCUCACCUAUGAUGAGAUGCUUGGUGACCAUGAGAACAUGCCUAAAAACGGCUUCCUGAUAAUCAUCCUGGGUAUGAUCUUCCUGGAGGGCAACUGUGCCCAGGAGGAAGCCAUUUGGGAGUUCCUGAAUAUGAUGGGAGUUUAUGCAGGGAGGGAGCACUUCAUUUAUGGGGAACCUAGGAAGCUCCUCACCAGAACCUGGGUUCAGGAGAAUUACCUGGAGUACCAGCAGGUGCUUCAUAGUGACCCACCAUGCUACCAAUUCAGGUGGGGUCCAAGGGCCCCUGCUGAAACCAGCAAGUUGCAAGUUCCGGAAUUUUUAUUCAAGAUCAAAGGGAUUGACCACAUCUCCUUCUCAUGCUGGUAUGAGGAGGCUUUGAGAGAUGAGCAAGAGAGAGCCCAGGCCAGAAUUGGCCCUGUGGGUCAUGCUGCCGCCAAGUUCAUGGCACAGCCUCUCCUUCCCCAGCUGAAGAAUGAGAAGAAAUCCUCACGCUGUGUUAGAAAGGGCACUCACAUUUCUAAGUAGAGGAGAGUCAGAGGCAGGGUCAGGUUGGGGAGAAUACAGUGUACAACAGCUUUGUGUUCUAUGUCCAUGGGUUGGAGGUUUACCCUUUGUUCCCCCUACUUUAGGGUUUUCUUAAAUACUGUUCCUUUUCAUGGAAGGUUUAUUAGCUUUAGAAUCUAAGUGGAUGAAUGACAGUGGUCUCACAUGUAUUGUUACUCUUCAGGUUUAUUUAUGAGUUUUAAUGUUUUGAAAAAUAAAUUGGGGAUACUUCCGUCUUUUGUGAUCUGGAAGAAAAUAUAAUGACACUGGAAUGGGAAUUUCUUUGGAAAUGUGAAAGAAGCCUGCUGAAAAUAGAGGGAGUGGGAAAUAUAACAGGUGGUUAAUUUUUGGAUUCCUUAACCAUUUUCGUUUAUUUUGUAACAUUAAAAGAUAUAUACCUGGAUUUUCUUGGCUUAUUCAAGAAAGUUGGUGUUAUCAUAGAAAAUGUUA